CUGUGGACUGGUGGGUUGUUAUCACGUGAUGUCACGAAAAAAAAAACUUUUUUUUAUUGCAAUAACUUUUCUCAUCCGUGAGACUGUGAUUUACGGGAAGUGUGGCUAAUUCUAGAGAGACGGGGUUCUAUUAUAUAAGGAGUGGCAUGCAUAUUUAUAUUUAAAUAUUUAUAGUGGUUAAUUAUGGUUUAUUAAAAAAUAAGAAUAAUACUAAUAAUCAUGGGAAGUCGUGACUACCUUUUCAAAGUUCUGGUUAUCGGUGACCGUGAAGUUGGGAAGACGUCGCUGGUCCAACGAUAUGUUAACGACAAGUUCAGCAAGCAUUAUAAAUCUACUGUGGGAGUGGAUUUUGCAGUGAAGGUUAUCCAGUGGUCAGACACCGAGACAGUGAGGCUCCAGCUCUGGGACAUUGCAGGGCAGGAACGCUUUGCCUCCAUGACCAGGAUCUACUAUAAAGAGGCGUCGGGCUGUUUCAUCGUGUUCGAUGUCAUGAACCCCACAACGCUGAACAACAGCUUGAAAUGGAAGCAGGACCUGGACAGCAAGGUCAUGCGUGCCGAUGGGAGUCCUGUGCCAUGCAUGUUGCUGGCCAACAAAUGUGAUCUGUCACCUUGGGAAGUGACUCACGAAAGCAUCGAUCAGUUCAGUAUAAAGAACGGGUUUGCUGGCUGGGUGGAGACUUCAGCCAAAGACAACAAGAACAUUAAUGAAGCUGCAAGUGCCCUGAUUGAGAAGAUGGUGAUGCAGCCCAGCGUUGACCCGCAGAGCCAAGGAGGGCACAUCAAACUGGACGCUGUGCCCAAGGGAGAGUACAAGCAGGGCUGCUGUUAAACCUUCACAGACCAGACCUGUUCAUCGCUGAGGAAACAUCUUCCUCCUCAAACACAAGCAACACCUUUCUGAGUCAGUCCUGGCCAGCCUGCUGCUGCUGCUGCUAGAUUCAAAGGAGUCUGUUUGCUCAGUGGGUCCCUCUGCAGGCAAGAGACGCUAAAAAAAAACACACUGUUUUGGCUCAGUUACAAGAGGGUGUUAAUAUUCCUUUCAUCUGCUUCCAGGGAUGGAGAGAGACUCCUGAUGCAUAGCAAUUCUGCCCCAUUCCUGAUCUUACUAUGAGCUUGAUUAGCCACAGUGCAUAGGAAACAAGCUCAGGUGUGUCUGAUUAAACUCCUAGCAAAAGCAGGAUUGGAUCAAACUGCUCUGCAGUGGGAGUCUUGUUUCCAUCCCUGGCUUCAUCUCCCUAGCAGGUUGCCUUUCCUCUCUUGGAAUAUGGAGCUCUGUAUGUUCCCCUGGGUGAGCCACAGGUAAAUCUCCCCUCCAUCAUUAAUGUAAUCCUGGGGCAGUUUGUCCACAGUGCUGACUUGUGCCCAGAUUGGGGUGCAGGUUAAGCACCCCGAGACCGUCCUGUGUAGCACUGUGGUUUAUUGAUUGUCUUUGUGUCUUGUUUUGGAAAUAAAGAAAGGGCUGACUGUAAAUAGACAAAAGCUGAUCCGAUGGCACACACUAUAAUCGAUGCACUGUGUCCGGUUUAGUUCAGUUUGGAAACAUAAAGGUACCAGAUCUUGUCAUUAAACUCUUUUUUUGGUGUGCCUAAAAGGGAUAGUUAUCUGAAAUACUGUUUGAUAAUAUGCCAUUAUUUUUUUCUUAAUUAUUUUUUGAGUUAAAUGUUAGUUUUAUGCAAUUCAUCGGAUUGAUCAACACUAUUGAAAUGUGUUAUUGUCUUUAUUCUUCCCCUGCCUGUUUACAGUUACUGGAAAAAGGGUUUUUUAUUAUUGGGUGGCAUUAGCUUUGCUUACUGAUUUUAAAAUAUAAACAAUGAGAGAUCUGUCAACAUUUACUUUUGUAGCUUGUUAAUGGUAAGAGCAAUAGAAAAAUCUACGAGGUGCAAAAGGACAGGAUUUUUUUCCUGUAAUUAUUGUUAUUUUUUAUUACGAUUUAUAGUUUGUAUAAUACAGGCCAUCUGCUCUGUUUAGUCAAAUGCUUGAUGCUCUUUGGCUUGGAUGCUGCGUGGAAUACAUCAAGGAAAUCACAUUGGAACUUUGCUGGCAGGAAGGUGAUGCUGUUCCAUGGAGACCGAGCAUGCUCAGUGUACUGAUUUUAAUCACUGGUUCCUGGUGCGUUGUUAAUUUAUGCCACGAUGUACAUUUUGUUUUUGAAUAAAACAUUUUUUUAAAAAACGA